UGCAUAACUCUAUAAAUACACCAUCUACGAGAUAGACCCCCCUAUACAUCCCCAUCCUUCUUUGCUAGUAAGCGUUUAAACUUCUUCUCGUUCAUCCUCAAUCCAAAAGACAAAUCCUAAAAACAAAAUUCUAGUGAAAAUUUCGGCAUGACGUCGGAAGAUCGCACUACUUCUCGUCGAAAGAGAAACAUCAAAUGCUUGGCAUAUGUAGUUACCGGGGUCAUAGCACAGACCAUAAUUAUAUUGCUUUUUGUGAUGCUGGUCAUGCGUAUCCGAAACCCUAAGGUCCGUUUGGGAGGGGUCACGGUGGAAAAUCUCAAUUCCUCAUCUUCCUCACCUUCCUUUAGCAUGAACCUUAAUGCUCAGGUUACUGUCAAGAACACCAACUUCGGUCACUUUAAAUUCCAAAACAGCGCUUUAACGAUUUCUUACAAGGGUACCUCUGUUGGCGAGGCUACUAUCGUUAAGGCUCGUGCCAGGGCUCGAUCAACCAAGAAGCUGAAUGUGACAGUAUCGGUGAGUUCGAACAUGAUGUCUAGAAAUUCAGCCCUGAGUUCUGACAACGGUUCUGAGACUAUAAAUUUGAGCAGCCAUGCCAAGCUUGAUGGAAAGAUACAUUUGUUCAAGGUCUUCAAGAAAAAGAAAUCGGCCGAGAUGAAUUGCACUAUGGAAGUAAACACCUCGUCGAAACAAAUCCAGAAUUUGAUGUGCAAAUGAGAUGCAAUGGCAACCUUCAUGUAUUCUGUUUCAUUUUCUGCUCAAAUUAAUGGUUUUGGACUUGUGAUUGAUUUCUUAUAUAUAAGCGAUAUUAUAAGAUAUAAAGAACGUGCUUUUCUCUUUAAUCUCAUAUUCUUAAUUUGUAGUUUGUGGAUUUGUUUACUUACGUACUUGGAUGACUUAUGAGUC